AUGCGGAUCAUUAUCAUGGGAGAUAACAGAGAUUCAAAAACACGCCAGAGAUCAACUCUACCAAUCACCGGAUUGGUUUGA